ACCAAGAGUGAAGCUGAAGAUUUUCAUGGAGUUUAUGAGAAUCCACCUCAGGCUUCACCUCUGCGGGAAAAUCCACACCAAGAAAGCCUCUAUUCUGCAAAGCAAGGGUUCCAUUCUAUCCAGGAGCCCAGCCAAGAAAGUUUUUGUGGGCUUCUUAGCUUUUACCAGCCACCUAUCCAAAGCGAGUUAUCACCAACAAAAAUCCAGGACAGCCGUGAAACCUCUCCUAUGAGUGUCCCUAACUUCCCAUCCGUCUCCUCUAUGUGUCAACCAACCAUGUUUAACUACGAACGUCCAAAACACUUUAUCCAGUCUAAGAAUGUGUGUCAAGGGCAACAGCAGCCUCCAGGACCCACAGUCUCUACUGACUCAAGCAGACAAAUCAAACAGUCCUCCAUUCUAAUACAGCCUCGUAACCCCAGCGGGCAGAAAUUCUCCUCCUCGUCAUCGCUGAGCUCUUCAAUCACGCUCUCCUCGCCUUCCUGUAGUGCCCCUAAGGAAUCCACAUAUCCCGUCACACCUGCAUCUGCACAGUCUCCUGCUAGCUCAUCAUCUGGGCAACGGCUUAUAUCCAUGCCUAACCAACCCCCCGCAGCAUUCCUGUGCUCAGUGCUACCCUUGCAGCCUGACUAUAACAGCCAAGCUCCUUCUCCCAUGGAACCUCAUUACUCACAACCAAUGUAUAACAAACAAGCUAGCAUCAACUCUAUGCAGAAGACAUCAGACCAUGAAAUUAGAGGAACAAAAGAGGCCCUCAUUCAGGACUUGGAAAAGAAACUCCGAUGCAAAGACAACCUUCUCCAGAAUGGCAACCAGCGAUUAACUUAUGAAGAAAGGAUGGCUCGCAGGCUGCUUGGACCAGCAAAUGCGGCAACGGUGCUUGAAGCACAAAGUGAAGACAACAUGCAGAAUGCACAGCACCAGAAUGCAGACAACAUCAGGCUGCAGGUUCCUACAACACAUGUAAGGAGCAGACCGUCCUCAAGAGGAGAUGAACGUGGACAUGACUCAAUCCAGGAAAAGUUUUUUCAGCCACGUUUUACACAAGUGCCUGAAGACAUCAUUAUUGAGGAGGGGCGAUUCUGCAGGCUUGACUUCAAAGUUAGUGGGCUGCCGACUCCAGAUGUGAUGUGGUAUCAGAAUGGAAGGAUGGUUCAUCAAGAUCAGUUCCAUAAAAUGAUAGUGUCAGAAAAGGGAUUCCACUCAUUUAUUUUUGAAGCAGUCAAAUCAUCUGAUGCAGGGACAUACGAAUGUGUGGCUGUCAACCGUGCAGGAGAAGCGUCUUUUGCAGUAAAAGUGGAAGUCAUUGCAAAAGAACAUCACACGCCUCCAACUUUCAUCUUCAAGCCACAAAGCAAAAAAGUUUUUGAAGGAGAUACAGCCAGACUUGAAUGCCAGAUCUCUGCUAUCCCAACACCCCGGAUUUACUGGAAAAGAAACAACGAAAUGGUACAAUAUAAUACAGACCGAAUAAGCUUGUUACAUGACAAUACCGGAAGGAUUUGCCUCCUGAUUCAUAAUGCAAACAAGAAAGAUGCCGGUUGGUACACUGUGUCUGCUGUCAACGGAGCAGGUGUGGCCACCUGCCAUGCCAGGCUGGAGGUUGCAACACAUGCAGACAAGCCAGUUCCAGCACCAAAGCAGUUACGGGUUCGACCAACUUUUAGCAAGUAUUUGGCACUUAAUGGAAGAGGACUGGAUGUGAAACAAGCCUUUUCACCAGAAGGAGAGUUUCAGCGUUUGGCUGAGCAGUCUGGACUGUACGAAAGUGAUGAACUUUAACUGGAAAUGAAGAAGAAAACUCACACCUAUAAGAGACAAUUACAACAUAGAUGCAGUUAACUGGUGAUUGCUCUAAUUAGCAAAAUGCCCAUCUACAUAUUUUUACUUUGACUCUUGCACAUUCAGCUGUUUCCAUUUUACCAUGUUAGAUUUUAUUUAUAUGAGUUGGUGAAUAUAACCAUUUACUGAAUAUUGUAUUUUAACUAUAAGGCCUAAGAAAGCAGGCCAAUUAGUUUUCUCAAGUGUGGCUGGUUUUAGUUCCACCCAUACUUGGUUACAUGCUACAGUAGAUUGGUUUGUACUGCUUCCCUAAUAUCACUCUUGAUAAUAUCAGAAGUCUGUACUGCCUGAAUACUAAAACCAAAUAGAUUAGAGU